AUGAUCUCUCGAGGUGCCUUUCCCGAACAGCUUCAUCAAAACACUCUCUGGUGGCAUGGGCCAACCUGGGAUCCAUCGGAGGCCGACAACGAAUCAGCCCCGAACGGCAAUCUCGACGAUAUCGAGCAAGGGCAGCUAGACAGAGAGCAGCGAACCGCAGCUGUGGUAUGCUUCACGGUCUACGAAAAUCGUUUCCUGGAUGAUAUGAUGGCUCGGUACUACCCGAAUCUACAGCUCCUUCUCCGUAUCACCGCUCGCAUUCUUCGUUUCGGACACCCGGAGUUCCGAUGCUCUCCACGACUCUCUCCAGCUGAGAUAAACUUUGCUUUGGAAAAGUACCUACAACACACACAACAACAGCAUUUCCCCAGCGAGCUCAGCCGACUACAAAGAGAUCUCGCCGUCGAACGAAGCAGCCCAUUACAUCAACUCAAUCCAUUUCUGGACGAAAACGGUGUCGUUAGGGUGGGCGGAAGGCUGCAGCAAUCGGACUUGAGCUACGACAACAAGCAUCCGAUUUUGCUGCCCCGUCACUCAAUAUUGACCUCGCUCAUUCUUCUGCACGAUCAUCAAGAGCAUCUCCACUGUAGCCCUCAGUCAUUGCUAGCCGCCACUCGAACUCGGUAUUGGAUACUACGCGGCAGCAGCGCUGCUCGAAAGGUUUGUCGCGAUUGUGUAAAGUGCAACCGAGCCAAAGCCCGGAUUACGCAACAAACGGGACAGUUACCAGCGGACCGUUUGAAACCUCUCCCACCGUUCACCAUCACGGGCGUUGAUUACGCCGGCCCUGUGAGCAUCGUCGGACGAAGAACUCGUGGGGCUGUACCAUCGAAAGGUUACGUUGCACUGUUUGUUUGCUUCGGAACGCGGGCGGUGCAUCUGGAGGCAGUUACCGACCUGAGUGCAUCGGCUUUCCUCGCUGCCUUCACCCGGUUCACCAGUCGGUACGGAGUUCCCAGCAAGAUGUACUCCGACAACGCCACGAAUCUUCGGUCAGCGGCCAGAACCCUUCGUGAACUCUAUCAACAGAUCGAUGCGACCGAACACAGCGACGAGGUCAACGACUUUCUCACCGACAGACGUGUGGAAUGGCUGUUCAUACCCGCGCGAUCUCCUCACCACGGUGGAUUGUGGGAGGCUGGAAUCAAAGUGGCGAAAGGGUUCCUCAGCAAAAUCGGAGGUAACUAUAACUACACCUUCGAAGAAUUAAGCACUCUCCUCGCUCAGGUAGCUGCGUGUAUGAAUUCGCGUCCGAUUUCUGCAAUUUCGGAUGACCCCGCGGAUCAUCAACCACUCACGCCCGCGCACUUCCUGAUCGGGCGUCCUCUCGAUGCCCUCCCGGAGGUCAACCAUCUGGAGCAGCAGAUAAGUUCCUUGUCAAGGUGGAACUACGUUCAGCGAGUCGCCCAGGAUUUUCGCGCUCGGUGGCAGUCCGAGUACGUACUUGCACUCCAACGGCUAGUGAAAUGGCAGGCCUCAUCCCCCAACGUUUCGGUAGGCGAUUUUGUUCUACUGGUCGACGACAACGAGAAGCCACAACAGUGGCUCCUGGGACGUAUUAAGGAGCUUUUCCCCGGGACCGACGGACGUGUCCGAGUAGUGUCGGUCAAGACAGCCAAUGGUGUUUUUCGCCGGGACGUCAGGAAGCUGCGCCGGUGCCCACUCGACAGUGAUGAAUUCGUUCCAGGAAGACAUGGAGUGGAAAUUCCUACUCGUAAUUUGGUGGGCGGAUUAUGUUGGGACGAGAAUGAGGAGCGCUACCCUACUCGCAGCAGCAGCAGAAAAAAGAUAUCUCAUUUGCCCAGAGAAUAA